UGAGCCAAUCUGGUUCUAGCCUUGACUCCCGCUGAUCAAGACUGCAAGUUUUGGAGCAUCUGGUCAGACUUCUUCCAGUGCUGGGUAGUGUGUUGGGAGCUGCCUUUGUCAGCUCUUUCUGCCCAUCACAGAGCCAUCAGCAGUGUUUUCCCAGUCCUGCUUGGUUCAGGCAGCCUGGCACCAUAGGUAGCAGUGAAGCUCAGCUACCUGCAGUAGCUGUAAGGGGAAAACGCCCCCUGGUGUAGGGCAGGUGAUUGGGUUCAGGGAACCAGGAGGGUGUCCUUCUUGAGAGAGCUAGGCAUUUCUUUUUCCCCUCCCUGGGACAGUCAGGAGGGCUGUCACACAGUUCUCUCUUGCUCUGUGUGGUGCCAAUGGCAGGGAGCAUCUCCUGGUCCUCAGCUCUUCCCAGUACGCUGCAGAGCACAGAGAUGGCCAUGGAGACAGACUGGAGUUGCCCCAUCUGCCGGGACACUCGGAGGAGCAGGGCUUCUGCUCUGCCCUGUUGCCACCAGUUCUGUCUAAGCUGCAUCCUGCAGUGGGCACAGAGAAAUCCAUCAUGCCCACUUUGCAGAACACCAAUAGAUGCUGUCAGGUUUUCUGAGCAGGGCAGAUGGGACUCUCUACUGUUUGUCAUCAUGCAUCCUGGCGUGUCACCACAGGCUAGCAGCCAGGAAAGACAAGCUUCUAGAGAGUCACCAGAGACUCCCUUGGUGGGGAAGAGUGGCCCCCAAUGCCCUGCGGCAUCCCCUUCAUCUUCUCCACAGGGGACACAGGGGACAUUUUUGGAGUCCCCACGUGAGCAGGGGGCUGCAGGGCCAAAGCCCGUGGGUGGCAUCCUGCCUGAGGUGUGGGCAGAACUUUUCCAACGACAACAGCAUCUUCUGGACCCUGUGCUGCCCUGGCUACGCCAGAGGCUUGAGGAAAUUUACUGCAACUGGUGGUUGCCAGUACAGGUUGCUGAGAGCAGAAUCCUGUCUGAUCUCUGUGUCUAUGGUCUGCACGAGGAGACCUUGAUUCUGAGGCUGCAGAACCACCUCAGAGGACGUGCAGCACCACUGGUUCGUGACCUCAUCAAAGUUAUUGUGAGCUGGUGCAGCGAGGAGGCUCAGAGGCUCCUGCACUCCCACACUGAUGGAGAGGAAACAGAUGGGAGUUAUGUUUCACAGUGUGAUUUCUGAUCAUGAUCUCUCUGGAGUCAGACCUCAGAGUUGCCCCGACACCUGAUCUUAAUUUUGAGGAAUCCAUCCACAGCAUGGAUCUACCCUGGAGCUGUUCGUACCAGAAGUAUGUAAUAUUUUGGAGAGGUGUUUCAGAAGUUGAAUGUCCCAGAAUCUCAGUUUAGCCAUCUGUCAGCCUCUGAUGACCUAAAGUUUUCAAAAGGAACUGGCUCUGCUUUACUGGUUCUUUGCUGCACAAUGGAGUUUUGGAAAAUCUUGUGAGCUUCAGUUCUUGCUGGAAUUUCUUGUCAAGAAAGAUCAAGGGCUCACUUAACAAAGAUGGAGCCAUUUCAGACCUUCUCAGAAUGAAACCAGCCAUGAGAGUACUGCACACGUAUGUGGAAAACUAAUUUUCCUAAGUGAUUACUUUCCUUAUCUAGUCUUACGGGAAAAUUAGCCUGCUGAGAA